AUGGAAGAUUUACCUACAAAAAAUUCAUGUAGAGGAGUAAACGGACAGUUCAAAACAGAACAAGCACCUUCUGCUGCUACUCAAGGUGUUGACUCAUGCUGCAGCAGCUGCCUGAAAAGCAUCAACCUCUGGAUACCAGUGGACUACAAGAAUGAAACAGUUCAGUUUUUAACACUGGCGGGACCUGUGUUCAUUUCACAGUUGAUGAGCUUCCUGAUUGGCUUCGUCAGCAUGGUGUUCUGCGGUCACCUGGGUAAAACCGAGCUUGCGGGGGUGGCGUUAGCGAUAGCGGUCAUAAAUGUCACAGGUAUUUCCAUUGGCUGUGGUCUGGCAUCAGCUUGUGAUACUCUCAUAUCUCAGACCUAUGGCAGUGGUAACCUGAAGCGUGUAGGAGUGAUUUUACAAAGGGGGGUUUUGAUUCUGCUCCUAGCCUGUUUCCCCUGCUGGGCCCUUCUCAUUAACACUCAGCCCAUUCUGCUGGCUGUCAGGCAGAGCGCUGAGGUCGCCAGACUCUCCCAGCUGUAUGUGAAGAUCUUUAUGCCUGCUCUGCCCGCUGCCUUCAUGUACCAGCUGCAGGGGAGGUAUCUUCAGAAUCAGGGUAUCAUGUGGCCCCAGGUAAUAUCCGGAGCCGUAGGGAAUGUUUUAAAUGCAAUUAUCAACUACAUCUUUCUCAAUGUCCUGGAUCUGGGGGUCGCUGGAUCAGCAGCUGCCAACAGCAUCUCACAGUACUGCUUGGCUGUGUUUUUGUUUAUGUACAUCAGCUACAGGGGGCUGCACAAAGCUACAUGGGACGGCUGGUCAGGAGACUGUUUGCAGGAGUGGGGUCCCUUCCUCCACUUGGCCAUCCCCAGCAUGCUGAUGCAUUGUCUGGAGUGGUGGCUGUAUGAGAUCGCAGGGUUCCUGGCAGGCUUGAUCAGUGAAGUUGAGCUGGGUGCUCAGUCUAUAGUUUAUGAGCUGGCUGCUAUCGCUUACAUGUUUCCAAUGGGUUUUUCUGUAGCUGCCAGUGUUCGGGUUGGAAAUGCUCUUGGUGCUGGGAACAUAGAGCAAGCCAAACUAUCCAGCAAGGUCUCCCUCAUCUGUGCAUUUAUCGUCUCAUGUUUCAUUGGUAUUUGUCUUGGUGUGUCUAACGAUGUGAUUGGUUACAUUUUCACCACAGACAAAGACAUUAUUCAGAGGGUGUCUGAUGUCAUGAAGAUGUACGGUUUCAUCCAUGUUGCUGAGGCCUUAGCGGGUGUGACAGGAGGUAUUGUCAGAGGAGCAGGGAAGCAAAUGAUUGGUGCUGUGUGUAAUCUGGUGGGUUACUACUUCAUUGGGUUCCCCAUCGGAGUGUCUUUGAUGUUCCCUGCAAAAAUGGGCAUCGUAGGGCUGUGGUCCGGCUUUUUAAUUUGUGUUUUGAUACAGUCCACAGUCUUUAUGGUUUUCCUUUGUAAACUGAGCUGGAAGAAAGCCACUGAAGAGGCGCAUGUAAGAGCAGGAGUCCAAGUUACAGAAAGGAAAAUCUUUGGGAUAGAAAAUAAUGCCCUGGACUCUGGUGAGACGCAAGUAAAAACCAGUAGAUCCACUACUUUAAGACCAGUAGAUGGGAAGCCGGAAGAGCUCCGUGCAGGUCAGCAGGCAUCAGAUGGCGCGGUUCUGUCAGUGAGGCAGCUGGUGGUACGACGUGGUCUCGCUGUGCUGCUCAUGUUCAUCAUCCUCGCUGCUGGAGUCUUCAUCAGUGAGCUGCUCAUCAGACUGCUCGAAUUAGACGAGUGA